CGUUCAGUCUGGUUUUGUGGAUACAGCCAAAGGAACCGAUAAGCGAAUACCAUACAUACCGAGAUGAAUUUCCCGCACGGAACCCUACUGCUCGUCCUCCUCGCCGCGUUCUUCCUGCAGAGUCAGGCGGGACUCUUCGAUUGCGAGGACAAGAUACCGGGACUCGGCGAUGUGGCCGACAAGAUAUCCGAGAUAUCGGGCAGCAGCAGCAGCUCCGAGCACGAGGUGCGCGACUUCUUCAAGAACGUCGGCUGCCACAUCAAGGAGGGCGCCAAGAAGCUGGGCGAGAAGGCCAAGGACUUCGGCACCGAGAUCAAGGAGGGCGCCCAAAAGCUAGGCGAGAAGGCCAAGGUUCUGGGCAGCGAUCUCAAGGACCGCUUCGAUGACUUCCGCGUCAAGCUGGCCAAGGACUCCACCGAGGAGAUGAGCAAGGAUCGCGGCUUCCUCGCCAACGUCGAGAUCAUCAACGCGGACAUCCUCAAGGGCGAGCAGCAGUGCGGCCACGGCCACAUCCUGGACGCCUUGGGCAACUGCAGCAAGUUGAGGAAGUAGUUUCCGCACCUCCCUUUCUCGUAAACAUUUAGGCUUAUUAAGUUUUUUUUUGUAUGUUAAUAAAAACACAUCUAUGACAA